AUGGUAAAAGCCCAAGAAUAUAUUAAAAAUAUUAAAAAAAGUUUCCCCAACUUUAACCAACAAAAUAUGAAAAAGUUGGUAAUAAAUGACAAAGAACUGGAAGGAUAUUUAGAUUUAACUGAUUUUGUGAAUUUAGAAGAAUUGGAUUGUUCUAAUAACUUAUUAACUAACUUAAACUUAAGUCAAUGCACUAAGUUAAAAAAACUGAAAUGUGAUUAUAAUCAAUUAACUGAAUUAGAUUUAGUGGGUUUAGAAGAACUAGAAGAGAUUAAUUGUAGUAAUAAUUAUCUACCGGACUUAAUUUAUUUUCCUUCAAAUCCUAAUAAAUUGAUUUUUUUAGACGUUAGUAAUAAUAAUUUUCCCAAGCAAGACUUAUCAUUUUUUAGUCAAUUCACUAGUCUAAAUUAUUUGGAUUUUAGUAAUAAUAGUGAAAAAAGAAUUCAAGCAAGAGUUUAUAAUCGUUUUUGUGGUUCUUUAGAACCUUUGCAAAAUCUAAAAUUAAAAAAAUUAAGUAUUAGUAAUACUGAUCUCGAUGCUGGUCUAGAGUAUUUGCCGGCAGAUUUAAAGUUAAUUCGUUGUGCGGUUGGUUCUUCUAAUCAAAAAAAUUUGAAAGAGUUGUUGGCAGGUCAAGAAAUUCGAGUCCUCCAAGAAGAAAUAAGCAAACUAAAACAAGCAAUGGAGUUAACUCGAAAGAGAAAUGAAAUUAAAGAAUUAAGCAAUAAAUUACCUAAAUAUUAUAAAGGUGUCUUGGAUAGAUUUUUGAAAUAUCAAAGGGAAGAAGACCAACAAGAACUAUUAAAAGCAAGAAUAAUGACUGCUACUGAGAUUAAUAAUGCUUAUCUCUUACAAAUUGAAGAAGUAGUAAAAAAAAUUGUUACUUGGGAAAUUACCGAACCUCUGGAAGGGGGAGAAUUAGAUUUGCGAGAAUUUAAGAACCUCGAAGCAGUAACCAUUAACAACUUAACUACUCCGUUAACUAAAAUUGAGGUGGAUGGUCUCACUAAUUUAAAGGAACUUGUUUUACCAGAUAAACCUAAGGAAGAAAGCGCAGAAGAUAAAAAACUUUAUGCGGAGUUAGGAAUUAGUGAGGAUAAACAAAAACAACUGAUUAAGGAAAUCGAAAGAUUAACUGGCUUGUUUACAACUGAUAAAAAAAUUAAUCUAAUCUAUGCGACCGAAAAAACUCCCCAUGAGCAAUUAAAAGACCACCCGGGAACCCUCGAAAAAAAAGAUGAUAGUUUUGAUCUUUAUUUACAGUUACCACGGACAGAUAAGGCAGGAAAUUUUUGUCCUAACUUAGAUAAUCUAACCCAAGAAUACCAAAAAGAGUUUGAAUUAUUACUAACUCCUGCUACUUUUCCGUAUGAACUACUGGAGAUAGGAGAAUUAUUAACCAUUUAUUUUCCUAAGGCAGAAGAUAUUCCAGAUAAAUUAAUCGAAUUAACUAGCCAAGAAGUAAAGAAAAAUCUGGGUGAAGAAGAAUUGAAGAAAUUAGCCAUUAAGGCAACCAUUGAUGGUAGUGCUGACCAGCAAUACACUAUUUUAGUAAACUAUCAUUUCCAAAAUCCUGGUCAAGAAAAGAUAAAAGAACUAAUUACGACCACUCCUUUAAAAUUAGAAAUCGAGCAUUUAAAGCAAAAACAGGAGCAAUUACCUAGUUCCGAGAAUUUUGAAAAAUUAACUAAACAAAAACGAGAAUUAGAAAAUAAAUAUAUCGACAAAAACUUUACGGAUAAAAGUAUCACCAAAAUAAUUGUAAACUCUUACUAUUCAGAUAGCAAAGGACUAUUUGGCGACUUAAUUAUCCAAGCUUAUCCUAAUUUAGAGGAAAUCAGUUUACCUAAUCAGGAAUUAACUACUCUAACCAUUAUUAAUUGCCCUAAUUUGAAGCAACUUAAUGUUCGUCAAAAUAAACUGACUAAGUUAGAAAUUACCCGGGCCAAAAUUGACUCACAAAAUGAGCCAAUUGCUAAUGAAAUCAAAGAAAUAAUGGCGGGUCAAAAUGAAUUAACUGUCUUAGAUUUAACUAAUUGUCAGAAAAUUAAGAAAUUGAUUAUUCCUGAUAAUCCCACUUUGGCUGAAGUUAAAGGUUUAAAUUUGGCGGUAAUUAACGAUAUUAAUAUUACUAAUGCUCAAAUUUCCUUAUCAGAAGAAAAUGAGGAACUAAAAGCCGAAAAUAAACGCUUAUACCAGGCUUUAAGAAGAUGA